AUGAUGUUUUGUAGCUCUACAUGGCUUUUAUAUCUUGCUGGGUCAGCAGUUGUCAGCCAAAUUAGUACCGUCUCAGCUACCGCAAUACCCUCGCAUACAGUUCGCAGUACAGUUGACGACUGGGCUUCCGUUGCAUCCUCAACAACUCUUCAAUGGACACCAUGCUUCGAAAACUACACAUGUGCAAAACUGGAAGUCCCGCUUGACUACGGAGAUCCAAGCCGGGGGAAUACAUCUAUUGCCAUUUCCAAAUAUACAGCACAGAACCAGAGAGCAGAAACCCAGAAUGUUGUGUUCAAAACUGGAAUUGACGCAGGAGCAGGGGGUCCCGGUGGUGUGAACAGCGGAAGGCAAAUAAUCCGACAGAACUUCGUCAUUAGCGAUGGGCAGGCUCUAUCAGAACUCCUCGGAGGUCAGCAUAACAUUGUUGGUAUCGACGGGCGUGCUGUUGGCCACAGUGGACCUACAGUAGACUGUUGGCCGGGCCACCCGGAACAGAGAGCCCAAUUUGAGAAGCUAUACUACCCCUUCAUUUCAUAUGCGUCAUCCGUUGCCCUCGAGACUCAAUUCUACGCAGCGGACAUCUUCGGUCAGGCAUGUACCUCAACCGUAGGCGGCUCGAAUGGAAACGCCAGCUUCAUCAGCACCCCAGCAGUCGCUCGUGACAUGCUCACUUACAUCCAAGCAGAGCAAGUCGCAGCCGGGAAGCCUGCGGACGACGCCAAGCUUACAUAUUGGGGCCUUAGCUAUGGCACUGUUCUCGGAGUGACAUUUGCGUCUAUGUUUCCAGACAAAGUGGACAGAAUGAUUGUCGAUGGUGUGCUGGAUGCGUCCGAUUAUUAUGAUCUGGCAUGGAAGCAGAAUUUAUUCGAGACAGAUGAGGCUAUUAAAUCUUUCAGUCAAUACUGCUACCAAGGUGGUCCUCAGAAUUGUUCUUUCUGGGGCCCGUCCGCCGCGAACAUCAGUGAUCGAUUUGACAGCUUGCUCGCUGAACUCAAAUACAAUCCUAUUCCCAUCCCAAGUUCGGAAGCUUGUGAAAUCCCUCUUCUCGCUACUUACUCUGAUCUCAAACAAUAUGCCCUAGAGGCACUCUAUACACCUUUGAUGUACUUCCCUAUUCUAGCUGAUGUUCUCUCCUCUCUCGAGGCAGGAAACACGACGGACUAUCUGGCCGCAGUGAUGAGUGGAAGCAUCCCGGCAGAUCCCUGCAACAAUGGAACUAUAGGGAGUACAAUCGACACCGACACAUUAAUCAAAUGUGUGGAUGGAUAUGGCGGCACUAAGUACGCCACACUCGAAGAGUACAGAGCAUACGUUGAGACCUUGACCUACGAGAGCGAGGUCUUUGGUGAGGUCUGGCCAAACAAUGCCAACACUGUGGCUUGCAGAUCAUUUGACGUCGAGAUUCCUGAGGCGGGAAAACUUGCAGCCUCCAUAAUGGAACCCAGGAAUACGUUAUUCCCAAUUCUUUUUGUCACAGCAGACAUCGACCCUGUCACGCCAAAGAGAAAUGCUUAUAAAAUGUCAUCUGUCUUCCCUGGGUCUGUCGUUCUCACACAAAACUCUGUCAGGCAUUUCAAUCAACACACUGCCUCUGCUAGAGCGUCGAGCUGCUUACUAGAAGCCGUCCAGGCCUACUUGGGAGGCCAACUGCCUCCAGCCAACACCACGUGUCAGCCAGACGUGUUGCCAUUCCAGGGAUCAUCGGGGCUGGUGGCAUUCGCCUGA